AUGGACCUUGAAGAGUUCAAGGCACUCUGCGCAGAGUACAAGGACCGCUUGGCGUGCUUGAUGGUCACCUACCCAUCCACCCGGGCAUUCUUCGAAGACAACAUCCAGGAGAUUUGCUCCACUGUCCACGAGAACGGUGGCCAGGUCUACAUGGAUGGCGCAAACAUGAAUGCCCAGCUGGGCCUGACCUCCCCGGGCAUGAUCGGCGCCGACGUGUGCCAUCUGAACCUGCACAAGACCUUCAGCAUCCCCCACGGCGGUGGCGGCCCCGGCCUCGGCCCCAUCUGUGCGAAGAAGCACCUGGCCCCGCACCUUCCGGGACACUGCGUGGUGAACCCGCCCACGGCUGGCUCGGACCCUGCUGGUGCCGUCUCUGCGGCCCCCUGGGGCCAGGCCGGCAUCGCGUGCAUCCCAUGGAUGUUCUGCACCAUGUUGGGCAAGCAGGGAGUGCUGGACAGCGGGCGCUACUCCAUCCUGAACGCAAACUACAUGAAGGCUCGGCUUGAGCCUCAUUUCGACAUUGCCCCAACCAACAAGAACAACCGUUGCGCCCACGAGUUCAUCAUGGACUUCUCAGACAUCCGAAAGAAGUCCGGCAUCGUCGAGGAGGACAUCGCCAAGCGAUUGCAGGAAGGCAAGAAGGCCGCCCAUAGCAAGGCAUCCAUCUUCUACGGAGCAGAUGAGUAUCUUGAGGAGCUUAAGAAGAAGUACGAGCACGACCGUCAGGCUUGUGUGGUAUUCUAUCACUUUCAGUACGAGCACGACCAUGAGAUUGCAGCUCUGAAGAACGCUCUGCCAGGUGAGGGUGACCCGAACGCGGCAGGGGUUGCUCAGAGCAGCGACAAGAUGCUCUCCGUUCAGAAGAACAACGAGAACAGGAGCUUGAAGACGAACCGGCUCUUCCCGACUCCUAACAAGCCCGACCCGAUGCCGCAGAAUCUCGCGUUCCUUUUCACCAAGAUCACGCCGGACUGGGAUAUCAAAGAGCAGAUGAUUUACAUGUGGAACGUAUUAACGGCAAUCUUUUUCACCCAAGUGCUGAUGGUGAUCGGCUACUGCGCAGCUUUGGCUUGCUUCCCAGACUUCUGGUGGACCUGCACUCUGUGCUUCGGCAUCCCAUUCUCGUACAUCGCCAUCCAGAACAUUUACAUUGAUCACGACGUCAUGCACGGAGCCACUUUCCCGGUGUACGAGUGGCAGCGCUUCUUGACUCACCCCUUUGCGGACUUUUUCUCUUUGCCUUGGGAGGAGUUUGUCCUGGAGCACAACAGGCAUCAUGCCUCGACGGUUGACCUGCUGAUCCAGGGUGAGUUCGGCUGGGACCCCGAGGAGUUCCACUACGCCCUGCAGCAGUGGGCCGGACCAUGGAGCUCUAACUGGUACAAGUACCUGCUCACCGUCCCCUUCAUCCCUAUGAUCCAUUUCUUCGGUCUUAACGAUACCGGCUCUCUGUUUGCCUUGGAGUGGUGGAUGCACUUCCCCGACGAGGGUGCAGGUGGCAAGUGCAACAAGGAGUUCUGGAGCAAGUGGAUUCCACGCCGCGUCAAGCACAAUGCCUUCGUGCUCUCGCUUUGGGCGUGUGUGUGGCUGCUCGGCACCUACCCUCUGGGACGUCCUCUGAGCGAGGGCUGGCGGUUCAUGUUCACUGUGUCCGUCUUCGCUCGCAUCGGCUACUCCGCGGCCUGGAUGUUCAUCACCAACUUCACUCACAGCUUGCCUUGGAACGAGUUCCUCGCACAGGAUCCGGGCCGCACCUGGCCUGUCCUUCAUAACGUGAUGGCCAUGGUUCUGGGAGGAAAGCACCGCUGGAACGAGAUGCUCUUCCACGAUGUACAUCAUGCGUUCCCCAACGCGGUCGGCACGCUGAGCCAGCGCGGCCGCUUCCAUGGCUGGGAGAAGGUGCACGACGCUGCCGCCGAGGUUCUGCACCGUGGACUGUGGAAGCCCAAUGGUGAUGAGGAGACCCAGAUGCAGAAGACCCAGAAGAAGCGCUCUUUGAUGAUGAAGCAGGGCAAGUAA